GAAUGAUGUCUCACAGUUCUGUUGAUGCCUUUCCGGUCACGUGUGUGGCCCCAUGACCACAUGAUGUCAUAGCAGGAAAGGGAAGAGGGUCAGCUUUGGGCACUUUCGGUAAUAUUUCGUUUCGAUUCCUGCUCACUCGGAAUAACCUACCCUGGAAGAGGCACUGCCGUUUUACCCGAUCACUCUGGCAGGCUGAAUUCCCACUGCCCAGCGACUCUUAAAACUCAGCAAAAAAAGUGAACGCUGCUCGCAGCGCAGGUAGAGCAAUCAUGCAGAGCACGAACAACUACCUGUGGCUCAUCUCGGACCUCCUGGGCCAGGGAGCGACUGCCAACGUGUACCGGGGGAGGCAUAAGAAAACAGGAGAUCUGUAUGCCGUCAAGGUGUUCAACAACCUGAGCUUCCUACGCCCCCUGGAUGUGCAGAUGAGGGAGUUUGAGGUGCUGAAGAAGCUCAACCACAAGAACAUCGUCAAGCUGUUUGCUGUAGAAGAGGAGACCAACACGCGCCACAAGGUGCUGGUCAUGGAGUAUUGUCCAUGUGGCAGCCUGUACACCGUGUUGGAGGAGUCAUCCAAUGCGUACGGCCUUCCGGAAGACGAGUUCCUCAUCGUCCUGCAUGACGUGGUGGCGGGUAUGAACCACCUUCGGGAGUAUGGCAUCGUUCACCGUGACAUCAAGCCGGGCAACAUCAUGAGGAUGAUCGGAGAGGACGGUCGUUCCGUUUACAAGCUGACGGACUUCGGGGCGGCCCGUGAGCUUGAUGACGAUGAGCAGUUUGUCUCCCUCUAUGGGACAGAGGAGUACCUGCACCCGGACAUGUACGAGCGGGCCGUACUCAGGAAGGACCACCAGAAGAAAUAUGGUGCCACCGUGGACCUGUGGAGCAUUGGAGUGACCUUCUACCAUGCUGCCACAGGCAGCCUACCCUUCAGGCCCUUCGAGGGGCCACGCAGGAACAAGGAAGUGAUGUACAAGAUCAUCACGGAAAAGCCUCCUGGUGCGAUUUCUGGGCUGCAGAAGUUUGAGAAUGGCAAGAUCGAGUGGAGCUCAGAGAUGCCUGUGUCCUGCAGUCUGUCCAAGGGCCUGCAGAGCCUUCUCACCCCUGUUCUGGCCAACAUCCUGGAGGCGGACCAGGAGAAGUGCUGGGGCUUCGACCAGUUCUUCGCCGAGACCAGUGACAUCCUGCACCGGCAGGUGGUCUACGUGUUCAGCCUGCAGCAGGCCACGCUGCACCACGUCUACAUCCACGAGUACAACACGGCAACGCACUUCCAGGAGUUGCUCUUCCGUAGGACCAACAUCGCGCAUGCCAACCAGGAGCUGAUAUACGAGGGUCGCCACCUCAUGCUGGACCCGAACCGACAGGCACAGAGCUUCCCUUGCACCACCCAGGACAAUCCCAUCAUGCUGCUAAGCCGCGAGCUGGUGGGCACCAUCGGGCUGCUCUUCGAGGACCCGAGCCCCCCAAAAGUGCAGCCUCGCUACGACCUGGAUCUGGAUGCCAGCUACGCUAAGACCUUCGCCGGUGAUGUAGGCUACCUCUGGAAGACUGCAGGCCAACUUCUGCUCUACCAGGAGCUGAUGCGGAAGGGAGUCCGUGGCCUCAUUGAGCUUAUGAAGGAUGAUUACAAUGAGACGGUGCACAAGAAGGCCGAGGUGAUCCACAUGUGCAGCUACUCUACACAGACACUGGAGAAGACGGAGCAGCUGUGUGACGUUUUGACUCAGGCGAACUUGCUGACGUCCGAGUGGAGCGAGGUCUCUGAGAUGCGCAAGAAGGUAAUCCGGCUCUCUAGCUCCCUGGCCUCCGUGGAGCAGACUCUGCAGGAAGUUAAGAAGAUGUUUGCACCCAACAGUCUCCUGACUGAUGUGUGGACUCAGCAAGUGGGGACCCACCCUGAGGACAGAAAUGUGGAGAAGAUUAAAGUACUCCUUGACUACAUCACCGCCAUCUACCAGCAGUUCAAGAAGGACAAAGCUGAGCGGCGCCUGCCCUACAAUGAAGAGCAGAUUCACAAGUUUGAUAAGCAGAAGCUGAUCUUCCAUGCCUCCAAAGCCCGCUCCCUGUUCACCGACGAGUGUGCCAAGAAAUACCGCCAGUUCAUCUCCACUGGUGACGACUGGAUGAGGAAAGUGCAUCAUGUCAGGAAGCAGCUGCUAAAUCUGACCAACCAGCUGAUCACCAUUGAGCAGGAAGUGUCUGUACUGGUCCAGCGAGUUUAUAAAUUACUGGAGCAACUUCCCCAGAAGAUCAUGCCAGUGGCAUCGGGUGCGAUCAAGCCCCAGAUGUACCUGAACCAGAACACGCUGGUGGAGAUGACACUCGGGAUGAAGAAGCUGAAGGAGGAGAUGGAGGGUGUGGUAAAGGAGCUGACAGAGAACAACCACUUUCUGGAGAGAUUUGGCUCCCUGACGCUGGAUGGGGGCCUAAGGAACGUGGACCGUAUCUAAGCCCCACGGACUGUGAGUUGGAGAACUGUAAGCACAGGACCACGUCCCCGGGUUCUCAUAUGAAGUCGGCCAUGUCGUCAUGUCUCUCCAUGUACAUAGACUGUAAAUAACCUGAAAAUAUUUAGGUUCCUCGUAUUUAAUUUUCUAUCUGCUGACCUUUUGCCCAAGCUCUCGUCCCUUAGCUCUGAGUAAAUAGUGUAGGUUUCAGCUGGCAGCACUGAUGUUCUGGCCGCGUUCGCAAUAGAUCACAGCCAGAUUUAUGCUCUAGUAGCUAGUUUGCGGACACACUUCGAGCCAGUGCGCUGUGAAGAAGCUGUUGAUUGGACUCCUGUCAGUGCUUUCGCUGGUGAACAUGUGGACUGGUGUAACUCAGGGCCAAAAGGCAGCAACAUAUUGAUGUAAAAUACACACUCUAGAUGCAUUUGGAGGUAUUAUGUUACUCUCUGAAGUACUGUGUGUUUUAGUCACAUCCUGUCUAUAAGAAAAGCCACCAAAAUGAUCACCUGGUUGAGUUAUGAUUUCCUAAUAUAAAAGGUGUUUUGCAUUAGAUAUUAAUGCAUUAAUGGAAUAUAUGUUUGCAUUAAGGAUAUGUUUAGUUGAAUACUAAUCAACCUGGUGUAUAGCAUUUUUCCCCUGAGAAAUUGCGUCUGAAGGCUGAUGAGGGGCCUCUUGUUGACCCUGUCCGUCAGGUCACCUGAUCAGGUUGUUCCUUCCUCCUCCCUUUUUUUGAUUGGUCCACAGCUGAUUUACCCCACACCCCCAGGCAGUUUCAUGGACUGCUUGUUGAGGGCUGUGUUUGGGAGCCGAAAUAGCAGAAUGGCUGCAGAAACCUCCCAGCCCUAAGCCAAACUCCAUUUUCACAUGUACAAAUCAAGUGCCUGUAAAAUUAUUGCAAAUUGUCAAGACAUGUUAACCUAAAAGCACUUUCCUUAAAUCAGACCUGUGAGACCUUCUUACAGCUUAGUAUGGAACAUGUAUCUAAAUGUCUUUUUCCCAAUAAAUACUUAAUUUUUGACUAUUA